CUGAAUACCAUUCAGAUUUGUGUCACCAUAAGUACCAUUACCCUAAUUUGCUUGCCUUUUAUUGCCUUAUAAUUAGACUGAGGAACAGCCUCAGGGUUUGAGAAUUUUCAAUAGUUCAAUAGUGCGAGAAAGUUCAAAUUGAAAUGCUUUCUUUCAUUUUCAAUGUGCAAUGUAGGGAUGUGAAUGAAUAUAUUUUCUUGGAAGUCAUCAGAUUAUUAUGGUAAUUGCUGAAUACAAACAAUAUAAACUGACAUUGCUUGCUGAGACCAUAAGAUGUUCAAAUCAAAACGAAGAAGAACCAGUGGUGCAAUGGAUUCCAAACCAGCAAAAAAAGAAUCCAUAGAGGCUAUCAUAGUAGAUAGUGGAGCAUAUAGUAUCAAAGCUGGCCUAUCAUCCAUUAAAAAACCUAAUGUGAUACCAAACUGUAUCAUGAAAGCAAAAUCAGAAAGAAAACGACUAUUCCUAGGUAAUCAAAUAAAUGAUUGUAGAGACUGUUCUGGUCUGUACUUCCUUCUACCUUGUGAAAAAGGAUAUAUCACCAAAUGGGAUGUUCAGAAACCUGUCUGGGACUAUGUCUUCAGCCAUAAUGUAUGCCCUAUCAAUGAAAAACCAGUCAUCAUGACCCAACCUUUGUUCAAUUUCAAAUCUAUUCAAGAUUGUAUGGAUGAAAUUUUUUUUGAGGAGUAUGAGGUACCAUCUAUGUUCAGAUUGAACCCUACAGAUUUAGGUAGAUUAAAGUAUAUAGAAGACAAUAACUUUACACAAGAUGUACCCUGUAUCAUUGUUGAUACUGGAUACAGCUUCACAAACAUUAUUCCUUAUAUUAAUGGAAACAAGUAUUUGAGAGGCAUUAGAAGAUUAAAUGUUGGUGGAAAGCUACUGACAAAUCAUAUGAAAGAUAUAAUUUCAUAUAGGCAGUACAAUGUCAUGGAAGAAACUUUUGUCAUUAAUCAAGUAAAAGAAGACACAUGUUAUGUAGCAAAAAAUAUAUUAGAAGAGCUCAAAGUGGCUGCUAAAUCUGGAAGUGAAAAUACAAUUGUGAAAAAUUAUGUGUUACCAGAUUUCAAUAAUAUAAGAAGGGGUUACAUUCAAGACAGUAGUGAUCUUUCUAGAAAAGAAUAUGAAGAUAAUUGCCAGAUAUUGAGGUUGAACAAUGAAAGAUUCAUUGUACCAGAAAUAUUGUUUCACCCAUCUGAUAUUGGUAUGAAAUGUAUGGGCAUUGCAGAAGCAGUGGUAAAAUCAAUAUAUUCAUGUCCAAAUGAAUACCAAGAAGAGUUAUGUAAGCACAUAAUUCUCAUUGGAGGCAACUGUAAUUUUCCUGGCUUCAAAGAAAGAAUGUAUAAUGAGUUGAGAUCACAGCUACCACACUCAUGGCAAGUUCAUGUUUUCCAGCCAAAAAAUCCUGUUUCAUAUAACUGGGAGGGAGGUAGCUCUUUACUAAAAGUACCUGACUUCAAAACAUACAUGGUCACAAAAGCAGAAUAUGAAGAAUUGGGUUCUACAAUCAUCCAGCAAAGAUUCAACACUUGGAUGAUUGAUAAUUCUGAAAUUAAAGAAGAAACUAGAGAGAAAGAAGAAAUAUUGAGUUAUCUUGAUAAUUUGAAGGAUAAGAGUGUUUUUGGAAAGCAGGAACCAGGUGAAAAUGUUUCCAAAACUGAUAGUGAUGAAUCUGAUACAAAUAUCCAAACUAGUGAUGGUAAUAUGAAUAAUACUGGUCAAAAUGUCUCUGAUGAAAACAAUCAAGAUAGUUUGUGUCAUAAUUCUGAAACUGAUAUAGGAAGUAAAUUGAAGAAAACACAACUGAAAACUAAUGAAAAUGCUACAGAAACUCUUGAUGAGUUUUACUUAGAGGAAGAAGAAUGUGAGGAUUUGAGAAACUCAGUUGAUCUUUUUCCCUUGGGAAAUGGAUCAUAUUUAUAAUAUCAUGUAUGUGUAUAAUAAUUUCUUCCAAAUUUAAAUGUUUU